GUCAGCAUUGACUCAGCUUUGCAGGUCAAAGGUGAAAGUCCUGAUCAGGGUUCACAUGGCAGUGUUGUUGAGACGAGCCAGUUGCUUGAUAUGGUGAAACAUAAUGAAACUGACCCAAGUGACAACAUGAACAGCUUGUGGGAACAGGAACCAAACAACGACGUCUUACAGCAGGAGGUCCUGAUUAUGGACAUGCGGGAGAUGGCCGAGGUCACGGUAUCUGCUUCAGACAAAGAAACCACACCAGGUCUUGAAAUUAAAGAGCCACCAGAUGUCGCGUUGGUAGCUUCCUUAGAGCAACAUGGAGAGGACGUUAGUAUUGACGCAAAUGGGAUGCAUGAAAUAAAGGAGCAAGAAGAAAAUAUUCCCUUCAUUGAAAUGGAUGCAGGUGGCCAAACCCCAGAGGAGAAAGACGAGCUGAAUAAAGAAACUGAUCUUGACAGCCAGGUUGAGGAUAUAAAUGUAAGGACCCAACAAGAUGAUACGCAGCAGAAAACGGAAUCCGAGAAAGAGGUGAAACUGCCAAAGGAGGAGCUCAUGUGUGAGGAAUCCAGAGUUGAUGGGCACGAACAUGAAGAAGAUCAACCUCUGCAUCCUCUCAGCAGACAUCACGGAGAAAGUGAUGAUGUGAGGAAUGCGCCAAAUCAAGAAGAGACGGCAGAAACUGUGAGCAUGUUAGACGAUGAGACUGAAAAGAUAGAAGACAAGAGUCAAAAAAGAGGACUUCAAGACCUUGGGAAUGUUGAGUCAAAUGAGGCCAUAGACAGCAGGUCAGAGUCACAUGAAGAUGAGAAGCCAGUUAGAGAAGAGUUGGAACUGGACAUAAAUGGAAGAGUCAAAGAAUUAAAACAAGCCAUGGAGAAUGGGAUACUUUGCCUUGAGACACAGUUGACAAAGAAGGAAGUGAAAAUGCCGUCCACUAGGAGAAAAGAUAAUGAAUGGAUUAAAAUGAAACAUGGCGAACCAGGCGCCAAUCCAGAAGGAAAACACCAGAAAGAGAAUCCCGUGAGAACCGACAAAGGAUCUUUAACUGACAACUUUCAUCUAUCCAUGAGGGAUGCAUGGAUGAAGGAGCUGAAGUCAGUCAUUAAAGAAGAUGUUCCUCCAAAAAAGAAAGAUGGCCAGGUCAAGAAAAAGAGGGUGGUGCUGUUGGAGGAUGGACAGGAAUACAUUGCUCAUCAGGAGAGGCAGACAGAGAAGCGGCAGGAGAUGAUUCCACAAAAUGUGGUGGAGACCCUUUUGCCUCGUGUGGACGAUACCGCAACGUGCACACCACCACAGGACCAAAACGAUGAGAUCUCACUUUACGUCAAGGCAGGCAGCGAUGGAGAAAGCAUCGGUAACUGCCCAUUCUCUCAACGACUUUUUAUGAUUCUCUGGCUCAAAGGAGUGAUCUUCAAUGUCACCACAGUUGACCUGAAGCGGAAACCUGCUGACUUACAGGACCUCGCUCCCGGCACCAACCCUCCAUUUAUGACCUUUAACGGAGAGGUCAAGGUCGACGUCAACAAGAUAGAGGAGUUCCUCGAGGAGAAACUGACACCACCGCGCUACCCCAAACUGUCACCGAAAAAUCCAGAGGCCAACACAGCCGGUAUUGAUGUUUUUGCCAAGUUCUCUGCUUAUAUCAAGAACCCGAGGAAAGACACCAAUGACGCCUUAGAGAAAGCACUGGUCAAGUCUCUUCGGCACCUCGAUGACUUCCUGCGGACUCCCCUACCUAGUGAGAUUGACGGUGAUGCCUCAGGAGAUGUCCCAGAGUCCACCAGGAGCUUCCUGGACGGCCCAGAGCUCACGCUGGCCGACUGCAACCUGCUUCCUAAACUACACAUCCUAAAGGUGGUAGCCAAGAAGUAUCGUGGAUUUGAGAUCCCUGCAGAGAUGACAGGCAUUUGGCGGUACCUGAACUGUGCCUAUCAGAGAGAAGAAUUCAACAGCACCUGCCCAGCCGAGAGGGAAAUUGAGUUUGCCUAUGUUAAUGUUGUUAAAAAAGUUAAAUGAGGGCAAAUCAUCUUGUAAUUUAGAUCAAGCGUGGCUAAUGUUUGGCCUGGGGGCCACAGACUGCCCAAUUCAUUCUUUCAUCCGGCCCACAGAGUAUUUACAUUAUCAUGAGUCCUGUGAUAUUUGGUGUAGCAAUCUAACACCCCCCCCCAGGAAUCGUUAAAUUAAAUCAAUUUAUUCUGUUUUUUAAUUGAUUCUGUAUUCCUAUAGCUCACUCUAUAACAUGUAUUGUACCGGUAGAUAGAAAAAGUCAGAAAAAUGAUCUAUUACAUUUUGGAAAUUAUUCAUUUAAUCUAACAAUAAUAUAAUGUGAUAUAUUUACAGAAAUUGUAAACUAUUCCAAAAA